AUGCGGGAUGAAAUUGAAGUGAAAUGACUGAUGCAUAUUUCGUUUCGUUGUUUCGUUUUGGAUUGUGUUUUUGUAAUUAGUUUCAUAUAAAUGAUUGUAUGAAAUGUGUAAGUGAUUUACCAAAAGAAAAAGUUCUCUAAACAAAUGAGAAAUGAAAAUGGAUGAUUUAUAUGGUCCUCCUUUGCCUCCUGGAUUUAAUUUGCCUUCAAAGAAAACUAAUGAAUCAACUUCUUCAAGUCACGAGGAAAGCUGCUCUUCAAAGUUAAUUGGCCCUCAAAUCCCCAAUUUUCUUUCUGUAAAAAAAUCAAAUGACAAAGACGCAGCAGGAGAGCAGGAAGAUAAAAAUGAAAGAAAAUUCAUUGGGCCCAAAAUACCCUCAUCACUUCAUGGGGAGGAAAGUGGCUCUGAUGAAGAGUAUGUUGGGCCAAUGCCGUCACACUCAAAUGAAGAUGCCUACAAUGUUGUGAAAGAUAUUGAGAAAAGAGCAACUAGUAUGAAAAAUAAAUUGGACAAUCAAAGCGUAUCUAGUUCUGACAAGAUUGAAAGAGAAGAAUGGAUGGUUGUUCCAGAUACAUCUCGUAGAAAUCAACUUGGAGCUAUAUCCAGAUGUUUAGCACCAGGAUCAAAGUCUGAUUCAUCAAAAAAGGAAAAACGUUCUCAUCGACAGUCUGAAAAAGACAAAAAAACUACAGAAGAUUUGAAAAAAUACAAUAAAUCAAGGCGAUCUGAGUCACUCUUAGAACUGCACAGAAAAGACAAAAAGAAGAAAAAGGAAAAAUCUGAUAAACCAAAAGAGAGGAAAGCCUUUGAUCGAGAUGAAAUUGCUGUUCGCCAUUUUAGUAACCAACAAGUGAAUUCUGUGAUAGACAAAGCAAAAUAUUUAAAUAAAAGAUUUCACUCAGGAGCUGAACAAUAUCUUUAACAUUGUAUGUCCCUCAUUACAUAAGCUUAUUCUUUUUUUUAUUUCGCCUGAAAACACAUUUUGUAAAUAUUAAACCAAUAAAAUAACUU